AUGAUUAGGAACGAGACUGGUUUCGACCUGUGGGAAGAAGUUCAAGGGUCCAGCUUUUUCACCAUUGCUGCGCAACACAGAUCGCUCAUUGAAGGAAGUGCACUUGCUGCCCAACUCGGCAAAUCGUGCCCCAACUGCGAUUCUCAAGCACCACAGGUUCUUUGCUUUUUGCAAACUCUUUGGAACCCUUCGCAAAACUAUAUGGUUUCAAAUAUCAACUACGGAGGAAACUACAGAAACGGAAGAGAUGCCAACACCAUUUUGGCUUCCAUUCACAUGUUUGAUCCAGCAGCCAAGUGCGAUUCUUUAACCUUCCAGCCGUAUGUAAUCUAUAAAUCUUAUUACAGGGAAGUCUUACUAAUAAAUGAUAGAUGUUCCGACCGCGCCUUGGCCAACCACAAGGCCGUCACAGAUUCAUUCAGAACUGUUUACGCAAUCAACGCAGGUAUCCCUCAAGGCACAGCUGUUGCAGUUGGAAGAUACUCCGAAGACGUCUACUUUGGUGGUAACCCAUGGUAUCUCACCACUCUGGCAGCAGCCGAGCAACUUUACGCCGCUUUGUAUACAUGGCAGCAAGAAGGAUCAAUCACUGUCACCUCUGUCUCUCUUCCAUUUUUUAGAGAUCUCAGUUCCUCAAUUGCCGUUGGCACAUACGCUUCAUCUACCAGCGAAUACACUACUCUCAUCAACGCCGUCAAAACCUAUGCUGAUGGGUACAUUGCCGUGAUUGAGAGGUAUGCCGAGCCAGAUGGCUCAAUGGCAGAGCAAUUCUCCCGAAACACUGGACUUCCUCUCUCCGCAUAUGACUUGACCUGGUCAUAUGCUGCCUUCCUCACCGCUGCUGCCCGCCGUGCUGGUGAAGUCCCAGAAUCCUGGGUCAACGCUGCUGCCACUGUCCUCCCCAACCAAUGUUCUCGCACUUCCGCCAACGGUCCAUACGCCGUCGCACCAACCAGUCCCUUCCCAGCAAACCAAACCCCCAUUAGAGGUGUCCCACCACCCACCACCACACGCCCUCCCUGCACCAUCGCAACCGCCGUUUCCGUCACAUUCAGAACCUCCGUCACCACUCAGUUCGGUCAAACCAUCAAGAUCGUUGGAAGUGUUGCGCAGCUCGGCAACUGGGAUCCUGCUAGUGCCAUCACGCUUUCGGCUCGCGAGUACACUGAUACCAACAACGUCUGGGUCGGCGAGGUCACGCUUCCUGCUGGAGCGGCUAUCACUUACAAGUACAUUAACGUUGCUUCCGAUGGGGCUGUUACUUGGGAGAGAGAUCCUAACCAUUCUUUCACUGUUCCGAGGACUUGUGCUACGGCUGCGACGGUUAAUGAUAGCUUUCAGAGGCAGUAA